UGGAAUAAACAUAAAAUGAGGAUCGUAUUUUAUUUACUGCUGAUGCUAGGAGUGGGACGAUGCACAAAAAAACCAAACUUUGAGACAAAGACUGUUGGUGUUGGAGUUUCUGUGGAGCUGACAUGUCCCCGCAAGUCUUCGGGAAGCUUGUUUUGGAUCAGGAUUGAUUCUGGAGACUUUCCUGAAGUCUUAAGAAAGACAUUUAGCCUUAAGAGUAAUGAUCGCAUCACAGCUACAGAAGAGCGUGAACUAUUUGUUCUACAUAUUAAAGAAGCAAAGCUAAGUGAUGCUGCGGUCUACUACUGUAUUCAAAUAAGCCAACAGAACAUCAGAUUCCUGACACAAACUGACCUAAGAGUUAAAGAACCUGAAAUCACUGCAGUUUCUCCAACUGAUCCAGUCCGUCCUGGAGACUCUGUGACUCUGCAGUGUUCAAUUCUCUCCGACUUCGAGAACAAAACACGACCAGAGGAACAACAUCUGUGCUGUUUCAAGGCUUUUAAUCAAAGUUUUAAUAAUACUCGAGGAAACGGUGUUGAAGUACAUGAAAAGGAACCAGGUGGACCCUCAAAAAAGAAAUGUGUCUACAGCUUCUACAAGACAUGUGACUGCGAUGUGGCCACAUGUGAGGACAUCAUUUCUGGAAAUGGAUCAGAACUCAACACUACAGACUUCAUGUUGAAUCAGCAGCAGAACAAUACCAUCAUCUCUCUGUUAGGUGCUGCUUUGGCUAUAUGUGUGAUUGUUAUCGCCUAC